AUGCUCUCGGAAGACAAUGCGACCCCGGAUGAAACCAUGGAUACGGACAUGGAUGUGGAUGCGCAUGUGUCGGGUGGAGAACAAGCUGAACAACCCUUGCUGAACUCAGGGCAGGUGCAGUGUUCGGUUUGUAGCAGCACAUUUCGCCGACCAGAACAUCUGAAGCGCCAUUUGCGCAGUCAUACGAAAGAGAAACCUUUCGAAUGCCCUCAAUGCGGUCGACACUUCUCUCGGACAGAUACCCUCCAUCGCCACGAACUAAGCCACCAUAAUCCAACAACCGACGGCGGCAAAGAUCGAACACAUCGAAUUACCGUCAAGACUUUUCGCGCAUGCUUCAGCUGUGCUACGGCCAGAGUUCGAUGCAGCGGUGGUGUGCCAUGUGGACGGUGUGAAACCCGGACAUUACAAUGCCAAUACCCCACGGAGAGACGUUCAAAAGCAAGGGCCAGAAACGGAGCGCGAGGCACGUCUGGAUCAGGAAUCCAUGAUUCGGAGUCUCAUUCUCCUAUGCGCUCUCCCCGGACCCAGAGACACAAUGCGUCUGCUCAGGUGGAACAUGGAACAUCCUAUCAACUCGCUCAAUUCUCGGUGAAUGGUUUGAAUGACUCACAAACUUCACCAAAGCCCCCGCUCGACACUUUCCAAAAUACAAUUGGCGCCCUCGUAGAGAAUACACCAUCCGAUGGUAGAGGCUCGGCAUCGGGGCCUCCUGAUCCUCGGUUAUACUUACCACCUUCAAAUCCUGCGUCAUCUACAGGACCGUUGCCAAUGCCCACCUACCCCAAUGGUGAAUAUUCUGGAAUCGAAACCCCCGAUCUGCCAAAGAUGUUUUCCGUUGAGACAUCAGCUGGUCUUGGCUCUGAAAUGAGGAAUCCUCAGCCGGACAUGCCACAACCCGGGGUUGAUAUCGAGAUGGCCAUGACGGGGAAUACGGAGAUCGCGCUAGAUUUUGACCCGUCGAUUUUCGAUCAAUCCAUGAUAUCGGCUAUCAAUUGGCUUCCUAACGAACUCUUCGCUGGACCUGCGGCUAGUGAUCAGGGGCAAGGCUCCAGGGUUCUUUCACAAUUCUCUCAACCAGCCCUUCCAAACAACUAUACGGCUCACAUAGCAUGGCAACCACCGGUCAUUCAUGCUGAUCAGAUCAGUACCUCAAUCCCUGAGAAUGUCUCCCAAACGCCAUCUGGAAACCUGUCUUUAGGCACCGACAUGGGGAGUCCACGACGCCGUAGUUCUCAUGUUCCCAGCGAAGCAUCGCUCCAUUCUGAAUCCGUCGAUUCAACGAAACGCUCGGCAGAUUACUACGUUGAUGGUGGUGGUGCCCGGCUUCCAAAAUACAGAAAAAGACAGACACACUGGUCCACUUCAUCUGCCGAGGUGAUUUCUACUAAUGAUUCUCUUUUUGAAACCGAUUCCCAUCGCUUUGACUUCCCCAGUGCACACGAAGUCAAUAUGGAAAAUAUUUCAGACGAAAUACUCUACUCCGUCCGACCAAUCGAACCCACUACUUAUAACGAGAUAUAUCGCAAUUUUGUUCUGCUUUGCCGAAGCGAGAACCCCUUUUUUGAAAUGUUCGAAUCUGAAAAUUUUCCGUCUGCAGAGGACUGCGGCCGAUACCUUGUCUGCUACUUCGAUUCAUUCCAGACAGUAUAUCCUAUGGUUCAUCUACCUUCCUUCAAUCCUAACCACUGCUAUUGGCUCUUGACUGUGGCACUUGUGGCAAUCGGGUGCCACAGUUCAAGUACUCCAUCGGCAGAUCAACAUACAGCUGCCUUCCAUGAGCUGAUUCGACGUGCUCUCCAUGUUGAGAAAGAACGAUACCGACCUGGGCAGGAUUCCCUCGAUCUAAUUCAAGUCAUGUUGCUCAAUUGCAUAGGUCUUCUCCAUAGCGGAAGUGAGCGAGCGAAAGCAUCCGCUUUAAGCUCCUUCAAGGACCUCGUGACUCUUAUGAAUCGGGAAAGAUUAUUAGGAAUUGGAAAACCAGGCAACACUUGUGGUUCCUCAGAUGAUGCUAUAUGGAUGAAUUGGGUCCAAGAUGAAGUUCGGAGACGGACAGGUUACUGUAUCUGGCUUUUGGACUGUACAAUUGCUUAUUACUUUGACGACCGCCCAAUUUUAUCGCUUGACGACGGACAAGCUCCAUUACCCGCACACGAGACACUGUGGCAUGCGAACUCUGCGGAGACGUGGAAGCAACUAUGGGAAAAUCCAGCUAGCGAUUUCCAUUCGCCGAACCAUUCACAGGCGUCAUCUCGGACCUCACCUUAUUUAAUCAAUGAGUCCUUGUAUGAUGCAGUGCACAUACUCUAUAUCGAAAAGAGGCUGGUAUCAGGGAUUGGAGAAUUCAGCCACAUUCUUCUCAUACACGCUCUUUAUCAUCGCAUGUGGGAAGUGGGCGAUUACUUCCGCCGGCCCCUUUCCUUUUGGAACCCGACUGCCAAGAAGCAAUCUCGUGAGACCGCCAUUCCGAUCGGCUCUGUUUGGCUUCCAGGAAUUCCAUCGUAUUCUAAAUGGCGUAACAGCGCCUGCGAUUGCCUUGACAUCCUUCACUGGACUGCCAACAGCACUAUCGCCAAAGCCGCUGGAUUGGAGCAUCCAACUGUUCUCCAUCUUCAUGCAGCACGGCUUGUCCUACUAGCACCAUUUCGGGAAAUACGCUCACUCGCUACCUUUCUAGCAUCCAGCAAGCUACGGUGGAGUAGACGAACCCACGCCAUUGAGUGGCAGUAUAUUUGGCGUUGGAUACGCCAUGAUCAAUACAAAGCUCGUUUAUCAAUAAUCCACGCCGGUGUGACCCUUUGGCACGUUCGACGAUACUCCACGAAUGCAUUUCAUGAGCCAGCAGCCGUGUUUGUUGCCGUAUUGACACUAUGGGCGUACGGGUCCUGUCACGUGCAUGGCCCAAUGGAGUCCAGCCCCAAUUCACAGGCUUCACGAGCAGUUCCAUCACAGGAGCCGAGUUUCAUUCAUUUAGAUCGUCCGUGCGAUGAUGAGCUGGUCCAGCUUUUUGUGCGAGAGGGCCACUCGAUGCGAGGCAAUAUCACAGGCGUGGGAGAUAUAUGUGCGCCCGAGGGCCCAGAGAGAGUUCUCCGAAUCGGCUGCGAGAUAUUGUCCAACUUGACAGCAUGGGGAAGCUCCAAGAGGUUCAUUGCUAUUCUGAGUCGUUUGGCUGAUCUGGUGGCACGGAAUCCAGAUGGGGAGCAGAGCUGCAAUGUCAAUGCGGAUCCUCGCUGA